UUAAGCAGUAAAAUGCAUUCUAAUAAAAUAAAAAUCAUUGCACAAAAAUAAGUAAAUAUUUUACUGAUUUUGACAUCUGUGUCAAUACAAUAAUACAUAUAUUUUUUAAAAAUCAUAAUAUUUUCCCCAGCAAAUAACCAAGCCUAGCUUCUACAGCACGUGGAUCUGAUCUACAUCCGUCACACCAAUACCGGAAGUUUAACACGCGUUGCCUGUUACCAUGGUUACGCUCCCAAAUACAAAGGAGCACUUUUGGAUGAAUAAACGCUUUUGAGAAUAUACAUAGCUAUAAUUGUCGAGAUGAGUGUGUCAAACACUCGCACAAUCCUCCAUAAAGAUAAUGCAACCAAAUUUGUGAGCCGGGAGCGCACGUAUGACUAUCUGUACGACCCAGUUUACACCGUCUCAUCAGAGGUGGAUCAUAUCAGGACCAGCUUGAAGGCUUACACAUCCAAGGACAGAGUGUUGAAAAUCCCAGAGUAUGGAUCUAUGUUCAGCCAUCUUCCUCACUAUCCAAGAUUCAAACUUCAGCUGGACCCUUCAGACCCUGUACCAGCCACUAUAGACCGCCGAUGGAGAGGUCACGCAGAGCAAUACAAAGAGGCACUGCAUCAACUGGCUGGUGUUAGAAGUGCCUCAUCAUGGCUGCAGAAAGAGGAAGGUCAUGUGACUGGAUCUGAUCGCUGGAAGUAUUUCUCACGCCCUUUGAUUCCAUUUGGACAGCAGCUGCCCCCAGAUGUUAUCUUUGCGUUGCCAAAAGAAGAGUUUGUGUCCAGUCUGGACCAAAAGCCUAUACAGCAGCCCACUCAUUUUACUGUGGCAGUCCAGACUGACUACAGAGAGAGUGAAACACAGACAGAUCCUUACAGUCCAGAAUAUAUUAUCGAACCUGGCACAACGCCUUCUGAACUCCUGACUCUGGCAUCUCUGACUUGGGGUCAUGGACUGCCUGCAGGUUUGGCAGAGGUAGAAAUGAUAGAGCGUGCUCGAGCCAAAAGAGCAUGGGAGGCCACUCUCCCUCCACUGGAUGACCUCAGUCAGCUGGACAAAAGGAGACGCAUGAUGGAGGAGAUGGAGGCUAGGGAGUGGGCUUUCAGAGAGGGGCAAAUCCAGAAGCUAAAAGAGGCCCGUCUAGAGGUGCUGACAGACCUCCUGAAAAAAAGGGACGAGAUUCAACAGAAUUAUACACAUGACAGACUGAAGCAGAUCAAUCAUAAGCUACAGAAAGAGAAGGAGACCAAAAUUAAUAAGAUCAACAAUGACUAUUUCCGGGCAAUGAGAAAAUUGGACGCCAGACACAGUAUAGCAAUGGACAAACUAACACAUGCAUUAAACUUCAAAGAUUAUUCUGAUCUUUCCUCGCACAUGCACCCUGCUGUAAGACGAAAGCAUGACGCAGACAAAAACUACUACUUUGACACCGAAGGCUUCACAGAACUGGAAACUGGGCUCUCUGCUUCUUCAUUGAAAUCAACAGUGAAAAGUGCACAGCAACCCACUAGGAGUAAGAUCAAAAACUCUAGUCAGAGAGCAAUUCAGCUGUAUGAGCAGUACAUGGCCCUACGGAGAAAAGACACGUCAGAAGAGCCAUUGGAAUGCCUUGUCAAGAUUGAGAAGCCUUCUCCUCCGCCAGUCACUCCUGAAGUAGAACGACCACCAGAAGGGGAGGAAGAGAGAGAAAUUGCUGUCAUCAACUUGCAGAAGUUACUGAGAGGAAGAGCCAUUCAAUAUGAGCUAAUUCAAGGUAAACAAAACCACCUGGACCUCAUCAGAGAACUAAGAAGUGUCCAUGCUCUUCAGAGUGAAGAACAGGCGCUACAGAAAGCAGAAAAAGACCGAAUAUUGAACCUCAAACGGGAGAGAGAUCAACAGAUCCGCAGGACUGAGCACGUGGAGGCACUGCAGGCCAGAGGUGUGGACACAGAGCUUGAAUACAUGUUUGACACUUUAUCCAAAGAGCUGAUCAGACUGCAGGAGGAACGAAGGAUCCAUGCCUUCACUCUCCUCGCUGAGAGAGACCGCCGUGUGCGAGAGGCGGAGGAGAGUGGGAGGAGACAGGUUGAAGAACGCAGAAGAAAAGAAGAUGACGACAUUUUCAGACAAGUGGUGCAGAUAAACCAGGAGAGUGUAGACUUGUACUUGGAGGACAUCAUUCUGGAGACCACAGAGACUGCAGCAGAUGAGCAGGCGAGAAAGGAGAUCCACCAACUGGCCAAAGAGGUCAAUGAUGUAGCGUGCGCCAUGGAGGAAAGCCGUCAGUCUGAAGCCAUUGUCUAUGAGUUGGUGUACAGCUUUCUCAUCCCAGAGGUGGUUAAGACAAGUGUCAGGCAAAAAGUUCAACAGAAGCAGGAGAGACACUUGCAGGCGGCUCGGAGCAUCAUCCAUGGCCCUUCACCUCCCUCUGCUCAAAGCCCCUCAAACUCUGUCACUCAGGAUGAAGAGAGAGUGAAAGAGUCAGAGCAGCCUCAUACACACACAAACAAUUAAACCGUACAUUAAUGCAGUUAUUCAUGUGUUGUAAGCAAUACCAGCGUGAUUUUUAAAUAAGUUUAUGUUUAUGUUGUAUUUCAUACUUUUCUUUUCUUUUUUGUGUGUGAUACAGUAUCUUGAAUUAUAGUAUAUUUAUGUGUUCACACUUGCAACAAAUAAAAUACAACAAACU